AUGAACUUCGUUAUUCCAAAGAAAAAACGUGCAGUGGAGAAAGCCGUUAUCGAUUUAUCAACAAUUGAGCCCAAGGCUACCGUCGAGGAAGUCCCUAAAGGUUCGGAGAAGUUCAGCACAGUCAAAAAUGUGAUUUUGAAUGGUGUGUCAGAUCGUCAAGUUCUCCAUUUUUUUCACAUAGAAAAAGUACAAUUGAUCAAGAACCCAUUUCUCGAAUUCAAGUAUGACCAGUUCAAAAUAAACCUACGAGGAAAUGGACAAAGCGAUGCAGAAAGUUAUGAAUUUCUAUCUCUUGGAUUUGACGGCGAUGAUUUAACGUACAUAGCUGACAAUGGCUACGCCGUUGGUACCUCCUUCUACGGGGACUUAGGCUCGCCAACCCGUGGAAUAUACCUUUACCGCUACGUAGAUUUGGUGACGCCAUCCCUAUUGUACAAGGAUGAGACUAUGCGCGUUAUGGUGUUCCGCACUUUAAGGGGGAAAAGUUGCGCAGUUGGAUUGGGCUCUACGGAGUUGGAACCGACUUUGGAAUGUUGCAGCCAUGUUGCAGCCGCUGAUAACACUCCUCUAUCGCGCAAAUCUCGGCAGCAACUGCAUCGUCAGGCUGCGGUGUAUCAUUACGAGUACAAUAAGGAUAUGUCUGUUGCUGAUGUUCCAUCCGGUGUUUUACCAUAUGCUGUUGUGGAUCUUCGAUUUAGUUUAUCUGAGAAAAACCAGUUCUUUAAUAUCCUCCCAUCAUUAGGUUACGUCAAUGAAGCACUCUACUUUACUCCUGUAUACGAGGGUAACCUCACUAUAUUGUCUGCAAGUUUCCAACGGGCAGUGUUAAGCACAGUAUUUGAGGAUUCUAACAAGCCUCAUGGACUAGAUGACUCCUUAAUAUUCACUAAAUUGCUCCAAUGGACAGACGCUAUUGAUAUCAGAGGCAUUACUCAGUUAAUAGCGCAUGAUAGCUGGGGUUUGAUAGCCAAACAACGGGAAGUUUGUGUCAAGAAUAUGACUGAUCGAGCAGAGAAAUGGAAAGUUCGCUAUGUUUCCCAUUUUGUCUGGACAUGCGGUGAUCCACGAUUCGCUACUUUAGUCAAUAGCAUGCGCAUCGAGCAGUGCGUGAGUGUAUCAGAUGUCUACUUCGAUAUUUUAGUUCUAUUAUCAGCUGCAGUGAUGUCUUAGAA